AUGGUAAGCUCAUCAAGCGAUUCCCCGCAGAAACUGCACUCGAAAAACGAGCAGAAAACGAGACUUACAAAGUACAAGAGCGAGAGAUGCGAGUUAGGGGGUCGGGUUCGGUUGAACUGGACGCGUGACGAGCCCCUGUCGAUGCGCAAAGCCUGCGAUAGCUCGUCGAUGUUGCUAGCAUAUCCUCCGAGUCGCGUGCCAUCACCCCGAGCAAGGCCCCUUGUUCUCUUUUCCAAUGCUCGUAGCGUUUCACAAGAUAUAGGGUCUCUGGCCCAGACCUGCCGACGGAGCUGCAACUCUUUGGGAGCUCAGCAAUCUCCAUUCUCGGCUCCCGUCGCGCCUAGCCUCUUGGUGCGAUUCUACUCCGUCCUGGACUACUAUGAACGCUUGUGCCUUGUCAGAACCUGUCUGCCGCCACAUUUCUGGCACCCAUCACCCCCUCUCCUGGCAUAUAGCCAAUUUAGCCAGGGACGCCAUCAUACAUCACCACAGGCUCUCUCUCGCACUCACUCGACAAAAGCUUCUUUCCAUUCUAUCCUGCGACACACCUCUCCCGAACAAAGUCAAAUUCCAUUCAACCGCAUCCCGAAAGCGCCCAAAGUCAGGGAUAAUUUUCGACACACCGGAGAUGGCCAGUGUCCGUUCAGGCGACUACCUCAAGCCGAUACUCGCGUUGUCAAACGCCCGUCCCAUCAAAAAAGGCUCGCUCACUCGUCUUCGCUCGCCCCCCCAUUUAUCACUCACUCCCACGUGUCACUCAGUCCCUUCGAAGCAUACGCCGUUGCUAAGUAUCGAUUCCGUUUCCACGUGGGAAUUCGAAUCCCAAAGUACGCAUCCCUAAAUACACCGGACAGUUUUCACAAGUCGUCGUCGCCGUCCGACGUCCUCUUUGUGUCCGUGCUCCCGAGAGAGUGCCAUGUCCACCUGAAACUCGUUAACCCAUGCGGAAAUGGGCAAAUUUUGCAAGCCCCACUUAGCUACACCCAGCACAUGGGCAUCUCGGGCCUAAAUCUCGAUCCUUAUUCCUCCUCGGUUCAGCCGGCUGCUGUUCCCGACUUCCAACCCCCACUUUCGACAGCUUCCCGGCCAACAUGCACGGUUCAACGGCAAAUCAGUUUUUCAUUGUUACAAGGUAGGUCGUACGAUACUCAUGAACGAGAAGUACAACGUGGUAAGGCAGAAAAUCCAAAAGCAAACCAAGCCUACGGACUGCUCGUUACUUUUGCCUUGUAG